AUGGAAGCGCAGAGCGGCUCCAGCUCCAGCCGGGAUUCCCUGGUCAGCCUCACGGCGGGCGAUGUGCUGAUCCGCUCCACGGGGCCCCGCGGGGAGAAGCCCCCCGGGAGGGCGGUGAGGCUGGCGGUGCAGAAGCUCCGUGAGGGGCUCUGUCCGUGCCCGGCCCCCGGGGCGGGUUCGGCCGCACACGGAGCCCCCCCGGCCCCGGGCAGGGCAGGGACCCCCCGCACCCCCCGCAGCGCCACUCCAGGAGUCCUCAGCACUACGGGAUAUCCAGAACUUCUGCUUCCAGUGGAAGAUGCAGAGCCCGUGUUUUUAUCCCAAAUGGAUUUUCCUAGAGAAGCUGCAGUGCAGGAAGAUCCUUCACUGCUACUGGAGGACAGCAGAGAACCUGAAGAUGAUGUUUUUAUUUCUCAAUAUGCUACUGGGCAGAAGGAGGCUCUGAGAGCAGUGUUAAAGCAAAAAGCUCAGAAUACUCCUGUACUUAAGGAGGUGAAGGUGCAGCUCCUGGGAAAUGCCUCCACAGAAAGAAGGGAAGGUGUUGGACACGAGCCCGGGUCAGCAGCCAGGGAAGUGGACUCUGCAACAACCAUUGCAGCAGCCACUGCUGCUGCCAUUGCCAGCACAGCCCCACUCCUCAAGGUCCAAAACGAUUUGGAAGCCAAAGUGAACUCAGUUUCAGCAUUACUUAAUAAACUGCAGGAGACAGACAGACACCUGCAGCGUGUGGCUGAACAGCAAACCCAUAUGAGGGCUCAACAGGAGAAGCCCCACUGUCACCACAGAGUCAGUGAGCUGGAAAAACAAAUGAAUGCUUUCAUGGUGCAGCGGAUUCAGCAUCUGGAAAAGCUACAGGAGCAGCAAAUGAAUAUUCAGUCUCAUCUCCUCAGCUCUGCAGUGAACACACGUGGGUUCCAGCAGGGUCCUGGGCCCUCCUCCAGUCUCCUGACAAAGCAACCUGAGCAACCAGAGCAGAGAUCACUCACUAACCAAGUGCCUUUGUCUCAGAGGGGUUUGUUUCCCACCAGUGAUGCUCCUGCCCAAGCAUUUUCAAGCCAUUUUCCAAGUAAUGGGAUUCCUACACAAACAUCUCCUCUGAAGACACCAGUUCCUCGCAGGUGUGCCCCAGAGCCUGUAUCAAAAAAUGGGAGAAUCUCACAGAAAGAAAACUCUGUGAUGGAAAAGGAAAAUAUUCCCAAAGCUACAAGUGAAGGUGAAAGGAAACUUCUGGAGCGUAUUCCGAGUCCUCAAGAAAUGCCACUGAGGCAAAAUGAGUAUUCCAAGAAAACAGCAUUAAACAGCAAUGAAAUGAGCUGGCAUUCUGAGAGGGACAGGCACAAUGCUUUGCAUACAGAGCCAGUCCCUGCUUUUGAAAGCUACAGUUCAAUUGAGAAGACAGUGCAAAAAGCAGAUGAUUUACUUCAAGAUCUUGGCCAGCUGAGAAGAGAAAUGCACAACAUGCUCCAGGAAGCAAAUUCAUGGAAAUCUGACAUGAAUAAUCUUAUUAAGUCCAAAAGUCCCACUGUUGCACCCGAUCCUCCUGAACAUCCUCUGCUCAAUAGACCAUCCAUCCUUCAAAACAUCCAAGUGCCCAAAUCCAUCCUGAGGGAUGCUGAGAGGACUUUGAGAGGAGUUCAAAACAAUAAGAAAUUUCUCGAGGAGAAUCUGGAAGCUGUCACUCGUGCAAAGGAUGGAGAUGCCACAUAUUCCUUCAUUAACAGCUUGACUACAAACAGAGAUGUGUUGGAAGAGAUCCGUAUCAGGAGGGCUGUGGACGAGUGGAUCCAGGCAAUCAGUGAAGAAAUCCAGGCCGAAAUGGCAAGAAAUGAUUCAGAACAAGUGAAAUAUGAUCCCAAACUCCCAUGGAUCAAGAGAGCCCAAAACCUCAAGGCUAUGAAGGCCAAGAAGGAAAUGAAAGCGAAAACUCAACAAAUCCAAGGUGGCUCGACAAAGAUGCCUCUGUGUGCAGCUAAGCCAUUGCAGAAGCAAGAGGAAGAUAACACCAGGAAACAGAGGCUUAGAACUUACUUUCCUGAGGGUUUGCAGAGGAGAGAAGGAAGGGCAGAUGGCCCUAGGAGUGGAAGUGCACUGGUACAAAAUGAAGAUUAUCUGUGUCGAGUUUAUGGGAAACCAAUUUACCAGGGCCAUCGCAGCACCCUCAAAAAAGCCCCAUAUCUGAGGUUCAACUCUCCCUCUCCCAAAUCCAAGCUUCCAAGGCCCAAGCUGAUAGAGUAUGUUAAAGGUACAAAGGUUAAGUCAGCAAGAACCCAGACUUCUUCUCACACACAGAAGGUCAUCACCAGCCCCAGGAAACAGCAUCCUGUGUAUGCUCUUGCCCAGGAAAAUCAGUAUGUCUUCAGUCCCAGUCAGGAUGUACCUCCUGCCUAUGGCCCCCUUGAAGGUCACCUCAUUCCCGUGGCUAUUCCACUAGGUCAGACCCAGAGCAGUACAUCCCUGCAGCCUGCUGGGAUCAUCAUAGACAAACCACACCCUGUCACAGUUACAACCUCCCUCCCUCAAGUGCCAAAACCUCCAGUUGAGAUAAAAAAACCAAACAUAGCUGUGAUAGAGAUGAGAUCAGAGAAAAAGGAUCCACCUCAGCUCUCUGUGCAGGUGUUACCAAGUGUGGACAUUGACAGUGUUUCAAGUGACAGUGUGAGUGUAAACCAUGUUCUUCCAGACUCUGAACCUCUUCUUCCUCCUGUGGAUGCUGUAAUACAGGAUCAGGAAGAGGAGAGGGAUGAAAUUCCAGAGUUCUCUGAGCCUCUUCUGGAGCUUAAUGGCCAGUUUAAAGUCGCCUCACCAAAAUACAACGGUCCUUUGUUUCCUCCGGUGGCUUCUGCCCCUCAGCAGCCUGCUGAUGUUUUGGAUGAACUGAUUCAAAGGAGAGAAACCAUCGAAAACAGGCUGAUAAACUGGGUGGAACAGGAAAUAAUGGCAAAAAUUAUCAGUGGGAUGUGCCCAGCUCAGAAGGAAACAGUGCCCAGUGUCAGCACCUCGGAGAGUGGAGACGAGGAGGUUGUAACCCCUGACAUUGUUGAAGUUGCAGGUGGAGGAGGAUUUCAGCUCUUUGUCAACGCUGGUGUCCCUGUGGACUCAGAAAUGAUAAAUCAUUUUGUAAAUGAAGCUCUCAGUGAAACAAUUGCAACCAUGCUGGGUGACAAUGAGGCUCAGAGAGCAGUUCCUGAUCCAAAUGUUCUUCCAAGCACAGUGACUAAGGUGGAGUCUCCUGUGCCUACGCCACUGCCAACCCCCCAGGCCACACCACCACCAACACCACCUUCAGAAAAGGAACUGCCCCCAGUCAAAACUCCAGAGUCGUCUCCAUCACCCACAGAAAUGAGUGGGGAUGUUCAUGAGAGUGAAAAACCUAAAGAAACAGGAGCUGGGAUUCCAGCAGCCACGGGCCGUGUUGGCACACCCGUGGUUACCCCUGUCAAUACACCCACAGCAGCCACACCCAGCCCUCCUGCCUCAGAGGGGGGCUCCCACACUGCCAAAAUGGAAAGUCCAAAGGCUCCAAACCCGUGGGAUGGUGCUGAACUUCCUCUGGAAGAAGAGAAACCCAGUCCUUUAGCUGAGGAACCCCUCCGUCCCAAGGCCGUUGAGAUGUCAGUGGCUAAUGAUGAGGAACCAGAGGCCUUGAUUUUACCAUCCCCACAGCCCUCAGCGAGGCCCCUGGAGUCACUUCCAAACAACCUCCAGGUUCCAUCCCCUGCACCUACAGUUAGUUCUGGAGUGUCCACACAGGAAAGCAGCAUCACCCCCACAGAAACUGAAACUACAGACAGACCCAUCUCAGAAGGGGAGGUGCUCUUCAGCUAUGGACAGAUGCUGGCUGCAGGAGCAGAAGGAGGACUGUCUCUUCCAAACCUCACUGAGAGCUUAUCCAGCACUUUACGAGAUGCCAAUGAGAUGGAUUAUGAUCCUCCGAGUGAAGGGCAAGUUGUGAGGAGGCUGGAUAAAGGAUUUCACAGGGAUCCUGUCCUGACUCUUUUAGCCAAAUUAAAUCAAGCACCUGUUUCUCCACAAGAGGGAAUAGACCAUUUGGAGGACUCUGAUGGCAGUGUUGGGGAGCUCAGUGAAGGUCAAAGACCGAGGCUGACCAGAGCAGAAGAGAGAAUCCUGAUGGGACAUUCCCUUUAUCUGGACCAUCCAGCUGCUCAGAGCUCUGGGAACAGACCACACCAGGGAUUCCGUCCUGCGUCCCCAGGACAGCUCACCCAAAUUGGAGCAGAAAUUCUUGGAGAUGCAGAUACAAGUCGUGGUCCGAUGCUUUUGGCUGAGCUGGAAUCACAGCCAGCUUCAAAUCCCGCUCUGAGGGCAGCCCAGCCAGGCUGCACAGUGACAUCUCUCUCGGAGGAUCUGUCCCAGGAGGAAAGCCAAGGAGCUGCACAAGUUGAGACUGUGAGACCACGAGUUAUUCUUGUGAGAAGGAUGUCUGAAGAGAUGCAACAAGCAGACACUUUAGGAGUAAACAGACACUGUACUUCAUGCAACAAAGAGAAGCUUUUCCAGCACCACCUUCUCAAUACAGUGAUACAAAGGCUGCCUAUAAUUAAAUGUAACUACAUGUUUCCAGUGCCCGUGGGAUUAGUUUCUUAA